AUGUCUUCUCCAUUUCCAACAAAUAGCCAAAGUGGAAGACCUAAUGGUUCAUCUGCACCACCUUCUUCUAUAGGUGCAGGAUUCGGUAGCAGUUCUGGUUUUGAAAAUGAGUCUCAGGUUGGCUCAAGAUUACAAUUUCCAAGUUCCUCGCAACCUCAAGGUGCUGUGGCAAAUCAGUCCUCUCAGUUCAGUUCUCAAAAUCAACCAGAGGGCACUGAUGAAGAUAUGCUUCCAAUGCAAGGUUUAAGAAGGAGAGCAGUCAAUAGAGUCAAAAAAGUAGAUGACGUUACUGGUGAAAAGGUUCGUGAAGCAUUCGAACAAUUUUUAGAAGAUUUCGCUGUUAUAGAUCCUGAAACAUCUGUUCCACAUAAGGUAUACAGGGCACAGAUUGAAUUUAUGAAGAUGUAUGAUCUAAAUACUAUUUAUAUUGAUUAUCAACAUUUGGCCUCCAGGGAAAAUGGGGCUUUAGCGAUGGCUAUAUCUGAACAAUAUUAUAGAUUUUUACCAUUUUUAAUUACUAGUUUGAAGAGAGUAGUGAAGAAAUAUGCUCCUGAACUUCUUAUAACAAGAGAUUCUAUUAGUAGGACAAACGGUAAUGAAGUGGGAGAAGAAGAUACCAAUGAUUCAACUUUGCCAAAUACUCAAGUUAUUGAUAGUAAUGGUGACUCUAGGCUUGCGACAGGUUCUGGCGGUGCUACUUCCAUUAGUAGCUCUCCUGAACAAACAGAAAGAUUACUUCAAAUCAGUUUCUUUAACCUAUCUGCGGUACAUAGAAUCCGUGAUGUUAAAUCUGAUAAAAUUGGUUCAUUGUUAACUAUAUCUGGUACAGUAACAAGGACAUCCGAAGUUCGUCCCGAACUUUUCAAAGCUAGUUUCACAUGUGAUCUAUGUCGUGCAAUAGUAGAUAAUGUCGAACAAUACUUUAAAUUUACAGAACCAACAUUUUGCCCAAACCCUACUUGUGAAAAUAGAGCCUUCUGGACGCUAAAUGUGGCAAGAUCCAAAUUCUUAGAUUGGCAAAGGGUUAGGAUCCAAGAAAACGCUAAUGAAAUCCCUAAUGGUUCUAUGCCAAGAACAUUGGAUGUUAUCUUAAGAGGUGAUUGUGUUGAAAGAGCAAAACCAGGUGACCGUUGUAAGUUCACCGGUACAGAUAUCGUGGUUCCAGACGUGUCGCAACUUGGUCUUCCUGGUGUCAAACCAAGCUCUUCUAGAGAUAUGAGAGGUAUAGCUAGAACAUCAGAAGGUCUUAAUAGUGGUGUUAGUGGUCUACGAUCUUUAGGUGUUCGUGAUCUAACAUAUAAGAUGAGUUUCCUUGCCUGUCACGUUAUUAGCAUUGGUACUAAUAUUAACGAUCAAACUAAUGCAGAUGGAACCCCUAAGAAUCAUGCAGAUGAAGGGGAACAACAAAUGGCAGCCAGUCUUCAAGGGACAGAUGUGUACCAAAAUGAUGAAAGAGAUCAAGAGGUUUUCUUGAACAGCUUGAAUUCAGAAGAAAUUAAUGAAUUAAAGGAAAUGGUGAAGGAUGAACAUAUUUACGAUAAACUUGUCAGAUCUAUUGCUCCAGCUGUGUUUGGUCAUGAAUCUAUAAAGAAAGGUAUAUUACUUCAAAUGUUGGGUGGUAUCCAUAAAAGUACUGUUGAAGGUAUUAAAUUGAGAGGUGAUAUCAACAUUUGUAUUGUAGGUGAUCCAUCUACCUCAAAAUCACAAUUUUUGAAAUAUGUGUGUGGGUUCGCUCCUAGAUCAAUUUACACAUCUGGUAAGGCCUCUUCAGCGGCUGGUUUGACAGCGGCAGUCGUCAGAGACGAAGAGGGUGGUGAUUAUACUAUUGAGGCCGGUGCGUUGAUGCUAGCUGAUAAUGGUAUCUGUUGUAUUGAUGAGUUUGACAAGAUGGAUAUAUCAGAUCAAGUUGCUAUUCACGAAGCAAUGGAACAACAAACCAUAUCUAUUGCUAAGGCUGGUAUUCACGCUACAUUGAAUGCAAGAACAUCUAUAUUGGCUGCUGCUAACCCAAUUGGAGGUAGAUAUAAUAGAAAGCUAUCGUUAAGAGGUAACUUAAAUAUGACUGCACCAAUUAUGUCAAGAUUCGAUAUGUUUUUCGUUGUUCUUGAUGAUUGUAAUGAAAAAAUUGAUACUGAACUUGCAGCCCAUAUCGUUGAUUUACAUAUGAAGAGAGACGAUGCAAUUACAUCCCCGUAUAGUAGAGAACAAUUGAGUCGUUAUAUUAGAUAUGCCAGAACUUUUAAACCAAUCUUGACAAAAGAAGCUGGUGAAUAUUUAGUUGAAAAAUACAAGGAACUGAGAAAGGAUGAUGCACAAGGCUAUAGUAAAUCAAGUUAUAGAAUAACAGUUAGACAAUUAGAAAGUAUGGUAAGAUUAUCAGAGGCUAUUGCACGUGCCAAUUGUGUUGAUGAAAUCACACCAGCCUUUGUAGCCGAAGCCUACGAUUUAUUAAGGCAAAGUAUUAUUCGUGUCGAUGUUGAUGAUAUCGAAGUUCCAGAUGAUGAAAAUGAAGAAAACCAAGGUCAAGGAAAUGCAGAACAGGAUUCCACAACCGUUGCUGCAACUGCUGCUGUUGCUGCUUCUGCUGUUGCGGGUGGGAAUGCUGCAGAAGUUCCUGUUAAGAAGACAACUAUUACAUAUGAGAAAUACGUCUCAAUCAUGAACCUAAUAGUCCACAAAAUUGCAGACUCUGAAAAAUCAGAGUCUAAAGAGUUAACAGCAAAUGAAAUUGUCGAUUGGUACUUGAUACAGAAGGAAGAUGACUUGAACUCUGAAAGUGAAUACUGGGAUGAAAGAAAGUUGUGUUUCAAAGUGUUGAAAAGAUUAGUAAAGGAUCGUAUUUUAAUGGAAAUUCGUGGAACUAGAGAGGAUCUACCAGGUGGGGCUUUUGAUGAAGGUGAUUUUGGAAGACCAUCUGUUGAAAGUGAUAAUAACAGUGGUGAUUCAGUUUAUGUUAUUCAUCCAAACUGUGAAAUGUUGGAUACUUUGGAACCUCAAACACCAAUGGAUUGA